AUGAAAUUUAAAUCGAAGAUUCUCGGUGAUAGUUGUUUGAGUUUCAUAUUUGUAAUAAUUUCGUGUCUACUGUUCCAAAAGAAAGAGGAGACACCAUAUAUGAAAGUUAGUAUUUGGCAAAAUUUCUAUUAUCCGAAUCCAAAACCAAAUUCAUCACUUCCAUUUUAUCAAAUUCCUUCAAAUAUGCUUAUUCGAUACACAAGGAAGAUACCGUAUUGGAUGCUUAACUAUGCUUUAUUAUCAUCAGACAGAGUAAACGACCUCAAGACCGAAUAUUGUUUUGUUACAAGAUCAUUGGUAUAUGUCGGAAUUUAUGACAAUGUCUAUUCUUCAUACGACCCAAUGACAAAUCAAUUUGGUUUUUCAAUGAGGCCUCCUUACAGCUACGCCAAGCCAUCAACCCGUGAAGUUAUAGGAACAUACGAUAUUGGUGUCUGGGUGCAUGAUUUUUAUCACCAAUGGGGCCACCUGAUAGUAGAUUAUCUGUCGUCACUCAUGUACUUGCCUCAGGAAGUAUUUGACCAAGGAUUUGCCAUUCACGGUCCAUGGGCAGGUGGUCAUUGUGUCAGAGAUUGGCUCAAACUACUCAAUAUCAGUGCAAUUGUCUUUGAUGGAUAUACAAACAAGCAAUGCUUCUUCCGCCACCUCUACGUUGUUAACGAAAUGUCAGAUGCGCACAGAGCUAUGACUGGCGGACUCCAAAUGAUAAGGCAGAGGCUUAUAGAUAACCAAAAAUUUGAUCAAAUUCCGAUGACGAAAUUUAUUGUGCUAAAUAGAGAAGAUAUGCGAUUCCUUUCGAACUAUGAUGAAUUAGUAGAUACUUUGAACAAGGAAGUUCCGAUAGAUGAAGGUCAAAAGUGGGAGAAAUUUGAUAACAAAGGAGAACUUCUUCAUAUAAUGAAAGUAUGGGCAUCAAUCAAAGUUCUAGUGACUGUAGGUGGCUCGCAGUUAUUUAAUAGUGUGUUUAUGCACAGAAAUGCAGGAAUAUUAAAUAUAUUUCCUGACAAUUUGUUCAUUGAACAGUUACAACUUGCUAUUAUUAGUGAGUUCUUCAUGGCUGGUGUGUUCUUCAAGGAUUUCGACCAUAAUGGCAGGACCGGAUAUAAAGUAGACAUUCCAAGAGUAAUAAGACACACGAAACAGGUUGUUUACGCUGUUCAGAACAAGAAGUGGGGAAAUACAGAUAAUUUGCACCAAUUCUUCAAUGUUUGGCAUCAAGAGCAAUGUCCCAAAAACUUAGUUGAUCAUAUUUAUGUCGACUACUUCAUUGACGAAGAACUGAAGUAUGAAUACAGAAACCUUGGAUUCAAAGUUGCAAAUAUAACUGGUUCUUGA